AUGCUUUCAAGACUCGUUGUACAAAUACAGUCGACAAGAUGCUUUUCGCGGACCGGCAAAUUAUGGGACAGAUUUACUCGCGAUGGGUUGCGGCAGAGAAUGAGAAAGAUACAAGUUAAAGAGGCAGAACCCCUUUUCCAACAUCCCGUCUACCCCGAUUCGAUCCCCGUCCGUCCGCAUUCACACCUAUGGAAAGCUGGGAUAUUUUCAGCUGUGUUCACCGUUGGCGCAUUCUCCGUGGCCGCGCUUUACGAUGGAUAUCUGGCUUAUGAUGCGCUGCGCGUGCCCGCCGGGGAAUUGAUUAGGAAUUUCUACAAACAAACGCGGAGGAUAGCUCAAGACCAAGAAGUGGAGCUGACGCCCGGGAUGAAGUGCGCCCUUUCGCUCAUCCUGGCGAAUUGUGUGGUGACGGCGUUAUGGAAGGUGCCGCAGUUGCAGGCGUUUAUGUGGCGUUAUUUUAGUAAUAGCUAUGCCUCCAAAUCCCUAUGUUCGCCAAUGUUACUGUCCGUCUUCUCACACUCGUCCCUCAUCCAUCUCGGCCUCAACAUGUACGUCCUGUGGUCGUUCUCAGGGGUCGCCAUCGACAAAUUCCUCGGUGUCCCCCAGUUCAUCGCGAUGUACGCAUCGGCCGGAGUUGUCGCAUCGUUUACGUCGUUGAUACACAAGUCAUCUAUUCGAUCGCCGAUUCGAGCUGUUGGAGCUAGCGGCGCCAUUCUGGGACUAUUGGCCUACACGUGUAGCAAGAUACCAGAAGCCCGUCUCCAAAUCGUCUUCCUGCCAUUUUUCGAUUUCUCCGCCCAGUCGGCGAUACUCGGCGUCAUUCUGUUCGACGUUAUCGGAUUAAUUGCGGGCUUCAGACUAUUCGACCACGCCGCGCAUCUCGGUGGCGCACUUUUUGGGCUGGCCUACGCGCAUUUGGCAGAGGGGUAUUAUAGAGACAUGGUCGACGACAACCUGAAGAUGUUCGUCGAAUCCGAAAAGGAGGAAGAGCGCAAGAAAAAGAAA